CCUCGGCCCCCUCUCCCCAAAGACCUGUCCGUGCCCGGGGAACCCCGACCACUUCGGAGAGUGGUUCCACUUUGUAACUCCUCAAGUUGGUUGCAAAGCAGCAUUCACCUUCCUUCCUCCCCACCGUCCCUCCUCCCGGGCUACUCUCCACCCCACCUCCUGCCCUCCCCGCUCCCGGUUCCCUCCUCCUUCCCCUCCCUGCCUCCUCCCCGCGCGCCGCCCGCACCCCACAAAAAAUGGGGAUGGGGUGUACAGGGGAGGGGGAAGAAAUGCUUUGGCGCUCUCUGUCGCUCUCUCUCUCCCUCUCUUCUUCUCUCUCUCUCUCUCUCUCUCUCUCUCUUCCUCUCUCUGAUCUAAAAAUCCUGACAAGUGAAACUUAAAGGUGUUUACCUUGUCAUCAGCAUGUAAGCUAAUUAUCUCGGGCAAGAUGUAGGCUUCUAUUGUCUUGUUGCUUUAGCGCUUAUGCCCCGCCUCUGGUGGCUGCCUAAAACCUGGCGCCGGGCUAAAACAAACGCGAGGCAGCCCCCGAGCCUCCACUCCAGCCAAUUAAGGCGGACUCGGUCCACUCCGUUACGUGUACAUCCAACAAGAUCGGCGUUAAGCCGCCGCCGAAUCAUGUCGAUGAGUCCAAAGCACACGACUCCGUUCUCAGUGUCUGACAUCUUGAGUCCCCUGGAGGAAAGCUACAAGAAAGUGGGCAUGGAGGGCGGCGGCCUCGGGGCUCCGCUGGCGGCGUACAGGCAGGGCCAGGCGGCACCGCCGGCCGCGGCCAUGCAGCAGCACGCCGUGGGGCACCACGGCGCCGUCACCGCCGCCUACCACAUGACGGCGGCGGGGGUGCCCCAGCUCUCGCACUCCGCCGUGGGGGGCUACUGCAACGGCAACCUGGGCAACAUGAGCGAGCUGCCGCCCUACCAGGACACCAUGCGGAACAGCGCUUCGGGCCCGGGAUGGUACGGCGCCAACCCAGACCCGCGCUUCCCGGCCAUCUCCCGCUUCAUGGGCCCAGCGAGCGGCAUGAAUAUGAGCGGCAUGGGCGGCCUGGGCUCGCUGGGGGACGUGAGCAAGAACAUGGCCCCACUGCCAAGCGCGCCGCGCAGGAAGCGCCGGGUGCUGUUCUCCCAGGCGCAGGUGUACGAGCUGGAGCGACGCUUCAAGCAGCAGAAGUACCUGUCGGCGCCGGAGCGGGAGCACCUGGCCAGCAUGAUCCACCUGACGCCCACGCAGGUCAAAAUCUGGUUCCAGAACCACCGCUACAAAAUGAAGCGCCAGGCCAAGGACAAGGCGGCUCAGCAACAACUGCAGCAGGACAGCGGCGGCGGCGGCGGCGGCGGCGGCGGGGGCAGCGGAUGCCCCCAACAGCAGCAGGCUCAGCAGCAGUCGCCGCGCCGAGUGGCUGUGCCGGUCCUGGUGAAAGACGGCAAACCGUGCCAGGCGGGCGCCCCCGCGCCGGGCUCCGCCAGCCUACAAGGCCACGCACAGCAACAAGCGCAACAGCAGGCGCAGGCUGCCCAGGCGGCAGCGGCGGCUAUCUCGGUGGGCAGCGGUGGCGCCGGCCUGGGCGCACACCCGGGCCACCAGCCCGGCAGCGCUGGCCAGUCCCCGGACCUGGCGCACCACGCCGCCAGUCCCGCAGCUCUGCAGGGCCAGGUCUCCAGCUUGUCCCACCUGAACUCCUCGGGCUCGGACUAUGGCACCAUGUCCUGCUCCACCUUGCUAUAUGGUCGGACCUGGUGAGAGGACUGGAGGCCGGCCGGAAAACAGCGCGCUGCCUCACCGCUUCUCGUCUGCCCGCCACACAGACCACCGUUCACUUGCUGCUCCACACGCUCUUACUUUUCUUAAGAACCUGUCUGAGUUUAGACCAAGGAAAACUACACAGAGGCCAAACUGCUGGACGUCUUUCUUUUGUUUUUUCCUUUCUAAAAUCUGUGGAUUUUUUUUUAAAAAAAGAAAAAGAAAAUAAAACCAGCCAAGCAAAUUGAAUUCUUUACGGAGUCUUUAAACAUAGAAAGACAUAGAAACAACAGCUUUGGGGGUGUCUUUUCGGUGAUUCUAAGGGGUUUCUCACGCUGGGGCAGAGCACAAUUUGGAGAGGGCUCUACACUGUUGUGGAUCCGGACUCCAAAAACCUCAAACUUCACUCUCGGUACACUUUUUCAGCAAAGUGGACUCGCUUGUAAAUACCAGGAUUUUUUUCUUUUUUUAUUUUCCUUUCUUUUUUUCUUUCUUUUUUUUUUUUUUUUUUAAGAAGGGAGGACGGGAGCUGGGGUGAGGGAAGACUCUUUGACAUUAUCCACUUGUCAGUGACACAAAGGAAGUGUCCCUUCCCAGGUGCCCUCUGGCCGUUUAGGUUCAGCCCAGCCAUCUCCCACCUAGAAAAUUGUUUUAUGUUUGAUGUGAAUUUGUAGCUGUACAAUCCUGUCAAAAGUUGGAUUAAAUGCCUAGUUUUUAGUAAUCUGUACAUUUGGUUGUAAAAAAAGAAAAACCUUCCUAUCCCUAGCCCCUCACAUUUUUUAAAAUGGGCAUUGAUAAAUCUGUGUAUAUUAUUUGGCAGUUUGGUAUUUGCCACGUCAGUCUUUUUCUGUUGUAACUUAUGUAGAUAUUUGGCUUAAAUAUAGUUCCUAAGAAGCUUCUAAUAAAUUAUACAAAUUAAAAAGGUUCUUUUUCUGAUUAAAAA